GGUGCCCCGUAGCAGUAGUAGUGCGUCUCUGUUGUUUCUUGUCCCCUUCCUCUUCUUCUUCUUCUUCUUCUUCGCUUUCCAUACGCAGAGAUAUCUCGCAAAGGGUAGGGCGAAAAGUUCGCAUCUUUCGUCCGUCUUCCUCGCUCGGCGACCCACUGUGGGAUUAACAUGGCGGAUGAGGCGAUUGUCAAUGGCGUGAGCGAUCCGGAGGUGGUGGAGAAUCAUCCGCGCCCCCCUGCGGAUCAGCGCGGGGUCGAUUCCGAGGUAAAUGACCCGACCCUGAAACUGAAGUUGUUAGAGCUCGAGAAGUUCAAUCUGUUGCGCGAGAAUGAUGAGAGUAAGGAGAGGGUUGGGGAUCUGACGGCGGAGAUCGAGAAGCUGAGGAGCGGGGAGGGCGUGAUGAGGGCGAAGCUCGAGAAGUUGGAGAGGGAAGUCGAGUUGGCCGAGGAUGGGAAGAGGGCGAUGGAGUCCAUCAUGGCGAGGGCCGCCGAUUUGGAGAUUGAGGUGUCUAGGUUGCAGCAUGACCUGAUUUCGGCGAUGAACGACGCGGAGGAGGCCAACAAGGAGGUGGCGGAGUUGAGGAGCGCGGCGGAAGAGAAAGGCCGGAGAAUCGAGGGGUUGGAGAGAGAGUUGGAGGGUUUGAAGAAUGGUGGGGCGGAAAGCGAUAUUAAAGUGAGGGAAUUGGAGAGGAAGAUCGGGGCAUUGGGAGUCAGGGAGAGCGAGGCGAGGAGUGAGAAAGUGAGGGCCGAGGUGGAAUUGAGAGAGAAGGUUGAGGAGAAGGAGAGGGAGAUUAGUGGGUUGAAGGAGAAGAUUGGGGAUUUGGAGGCGAGGAUCGUGAAGGACGGGUCCGAGCUGCAGAGCUCGAAGAAUGAGAAGAUUGCUGCGGCGGAUGCAUUGAAGAAAUCUGAGGAGAAGGCAAAGGAGAUGGAGUCGAAACUGGUUGAAUUGCAGAGGGAAUUAGAACAGGCAGAGAAGGCGAUUGGCGGAUUGAAAGACAAGACGGCUGAGACCAUCAAUGGGAGGAGAGAGAUCGUCGACGACGCGAUCGAAGACAAAGGGUCGAAGCUGCAAUGGCCGGUCGUGGCAGCAGGGUCCACAGGAGCUAUUGUUUUGGCAGCUGCUGUGGCCUAUGUUUGCUACAGCAGGCGCCAAAGCUAGGAUUUCAGUGAAAUAACGAGCAAGCAGGGAGGAAUCGGAAGAGAGAAAAACAAAGAGCCUCAGAGAUUUUAAACUACUCUAUGUUUCAAUUUUGCUAGAUGCUACAGUUUUUUUCCGGGCUUUGUUUUUUUAGCCUACGAAUUAACUCUAUUCUGUUUUAUUGGGGUGUCGCUGUUUGUUUGAUAUCAUAUGUGGUCUGUCCAGAAGCUGAAUCGCUAUUACAAGCUAUUGAGUAAAGUAAAGCUUCCCCUGA